AUGACGACCAAGAUCAAGCCUCGCAAGAAUUGUACAUUGUGCAACAAGAUUGUCGACCCUACCAAUUUUGGCAACGAUUUCACGUGCCGUACAUGCCGGCAUGAAUGUCAUCGAUGCGAACCGCUCUACCGCGAGCUCGUUGCUCUCCACCAAAAGUCUCAACGCGAACAAGCCGCUGCUCUCAAAGUGCUCAAAGACGAAAUUGUCGAACUCAAGACAACCCUCUCGACACGUCAACAGAAAGCCUCGACAACGCUCAAGGGUCUGAAAGACACGAUGUCGACUCUCUCUUGCGAAAUCAACUAUCUAAAGCAAGUCAAGACCAAAGUCGAAGGCGAUGAUCGGCUAUCCAAGAUCGAAAAGGACCUGGAAGAAGUGAAAUCGGAUGUCAAAAGCUUGGAUCAGGAAGUUGCCGGUGUGUAUGCUGAACGGCGCGAGGAUGCGAUCUCCGACAAAACUGCAGUCAACGAAUCAAUGCAAGAGACAUUGAAUGGGCUGGAAGACUUCACGAGGAGGUUGAAGGAUGCAUUCGUCGCUCUGACAGGUCCGGAAGAGAAGAAAGUAAAGAAGGAGAAGGAGCAGAGAGAGCAGGAAGCGCGAAGAUUGAAGGAAGGUAUGCUGGAGAUGCAGGAUUUCAUGAGGCAGAUGCAGCAGGCGUUCUCGAUGCUGCCUGUCAUCCAGCCGCAACAGCAAGCGCCCACAUCGGAACAGGCGAAGGUGAAGACGGAGCAGAAUGGCUCGUCAAAGGCAAACACAGGAGGCAGAAGCGUCGUCACGAACGGUAUCAAGAAGAGUUGA